AUGGCAGCAGCUUCGACAGACUCGGGACAGGCUGCCUCUAAAAUCACCCCCGAAGUGCUGCAGGAGAUGCUCAAGUUCUACAACCUGAGCCGCCAGGAGUUCAUCAACACCUACAACAUCCAGCCGCUCGUCUACAUCCCCGAGCUGCCGUACAGCGCCAAGACCACCUUCGUCGUCAUGUACCUGCUGAUCUUCGUCCUGGCUCUGGCCGGAAACAGUCUGGUCAUCUACAUCGUCCUGAAGAAGCGGGCGAUCCAGACGGCCACGGACAUCUUCAUCUGCUCCCUGGCGGUCAGCGACCUCCUCAUCACUUUCUUCUGCAUACCUUUCACUUUGUUACAGAACAUCUCCUCCGAGUGGUUUGGAGGGGUUCUCGUUUGCAAGACAGUUCCUUUUGUGCAGACCACAGCCAUAGUGACAGGCAUCCUCACCAUGACCUGCAUCGCCAUCGAAAGAUACCAGGGCAUCGUCUUCCCUCUGAAAAUGAGGCGUCAGUACUCAUCCAAGCGAGCAUACAAGAUGCUAGGGCUUGUAUGGAUCGCCUCAGUGAUAGUGGGUUCACCGAUGCUAUUUGUGCAACAGCUAGAGGUAAAGUAUGACUUCCUGUACGACCACUACCACGUGUGCUGUCAGGAGAGGUGGAGUUCGCUGACCUACAGGCAGGCGUACACCACCUUCAUCAUGGUGGCUCUGUUCCUGCUCCCUCUGGCAGCCAUGCUGUUCCUCUACACGCGCAUCGCCAUUGAGCUGUGGAUUCGCAAGAGGGUGGGCGACGCCUCGGUUCUGAACACCAUGAACCACAGGGAGAUUGGUAAGAUUUCCAGGAAAAAGAAAAGAGCCGUUAAAAUGAUGGUCACGAUCGUCCUGCUAUUCACCAUUUGCUGGGCGCCAUUCCACACAGUCCACAUGAUGUUUGAGUACAAUGACCUGGAGAAGAAGUACGACGGCGUCACCCUGAACAUGAUCAUCGCCAUUGUGCAGGCCAUCGGGUUCUUCAACAGCUUCAACAACCCGAUCGUUUAUGCCUUCAUGAACGAGAACUUCAAGAAGAGCUGCGUCUCCACCCUCUCCCACUGCCUCCGCAAACCGAACCACCAGGGUGCCGCCACGGUGGCUCCGAGGCUGAGCGUGCAGUUCAUCAAACCCCAGAGCAGGGAAGCCUUCGUGAACGCAGACGAGGGCGACAGCUCGGAGCAGCGCUCGGCAGAGAAGGGCGCCUCGUGCUCAUCGCACAGAGAGAGCCGGCUGGGGAUUAUCGGAGAGAAAAUCUCCACCAUCCAAACGGAGCUCCCUCCGAACAGCUCUUCUCAAGUCAAGUAAGACGUCCGGGUGCUUUCUCUUUGGAAAUCUGCCGUUUGCCAUCACCUGCUGCCAACGGGAUGACAGCAGCUUUGGGAGUGGGGGGAAGUAGCUACAAACACUCGCCGCGAAGACCUCUGCAUCGCCUGCAGUGGCAGGUACCAGAGCAGCGAGAAUGUCAGGGCUUAUUAAAGACUGGGAAGGAAUUUUACUGUAAAUAGACGCAGCAACAGGGAGGAGUGCUGAGACACUGACACCACAGUUGGCCAUAGAAAGAAUGAGAAUGAAUUUGUGCUUCAUCUGGAAUCUAAAACUCAAGAAAUCGUCCCUGAGCGUGAUGCCGUUUCAUCCUGAACGAGCCCCAGCUGCAGGAACCUCUGUGGUUUUCUGCUGCAGCAGCAGCUAUUAAGAAAUGUUAACAAAAAAAAAAAAAGACUCUGCAGAGCACCAAAGAGUGAGUGCUCAUUUGCUUCAACCGUUAAUUUGCUUCUGUUCAACCUGCAUAGACUCCUUUCACUUCGUGCUAACUCUGCACUUUGUCGCUAGCAUGAAAAUACUGCAUAGAGCUAAUAAUAUUGUGGCUGAAAUGUAUUAGCGUUUACAUUUGGACUGAAAAUACCCAUUUAAGCCAGGCGCACAUAAAUUGCUACACAGGACUGCAACUCAACGUUUUUUGAGGCCUAACUCAGUGAAUAAUCCAUGCAACGUUAUGUGCCAAGGUGUUUUUUUUUUUUUUUUUAAACUUUAAUGGGUAGCAGAAGCAACCUAUGGACAAGGUAUUAUUUUCUAUUUUGGGCUUUAAACGACUGUUUUUUUAAGUGCAUGUGAUUGCAGGUUCAUCUUAGCCAACUGGAAUACCAUCAGAAGGUAAAUUUAGUUCAGUAAUUCACUGCAAAAGUAGAAAUAGAUUAUUUACACACAGAUUAAUUUUGAUGAUUAUGGCUUCUAGCUAAUAAAAAUCAGUUUCUCAGAAAAUUUGAAUGUUAGACCUAUUAUAAAAAAAAACACGAAAAGCAUAUCCAUGUACUGUACAGUUUAUGUAUUCAAUACUUGGUCAUGCUUUCUUUUGUACAAAUUACCAAAUCAAUGUUGCGUGAAAUAGAGGCGAUCAACCAAUGGCUGAGAUGUUAAGGAAGCCCAAUUACCUUCAGCUCGUCUGCUUCGUAGAGUCUGGUGUCUCAUCUUCUUCUAGACAAUAUUCUAUAGAUCAUCUAUGGACUUCUGGCCAUAGAUGCACAACGUUGACAUUGUCCUUCAACCAGAUGUUGAUGGUUCUGGGUGUGUGGACAACGGGCCACGCCUUGCUGGAAAAUGAAAUGAGCAUCCCAAUAAAGCUUGUCAGCAGAGAGAAGGCUGAAGGGCUUUAACAUUCCCCGGUAGACAGGGUUUGGACACUUUUUCUGCCAGUUUUCCUUACACCAAACUUUCUAUUAUUAUGGUUGGAUAGCAAUGGAAGCAGCAUGUUUCUUUAGCAGUGACUUUAUCUGUCUUGUUCGCUUUGUUUGGGCAUCAAUGAGUGUCAGCUGGACUGCUCUCAUUAAUAGUGUAGGCAAUAACGUGACCAUAACUUCUUCUACAUCAAACUUUCUUUACAUAAGUCUCAUUUAAUUCUUUGGGCCUAUUUAAUAUUUUGGCUUUUUAUUAGCAGCAAGCCAUGUUCAUCAAACAUGUGAGGUAUAUCGCUCUGUGUGUUGAAUCUGCAUCAGUUCGGUGUUUUUAUUUAUUCCCUUGAUGAUAAUCCAAUUUAUUGACCAUGUCAGGAAGAACAACAGCCGCUUGGGCCUUUUUCAGGUUCUUUUAAAGACUGCAUAAUAAUCAGGUUUUUUUUUUUUCUUUUUGAGAACUUGCAUCUAGAUUUCUGACCUUGCUUUAACGUACGAUAGAUGACUUAAUACUCAUCUGACAGUCUACUGAUAUUUAGCAAGUCUAAUUUCUGAGUAAUAACUAGAAAGACGACUGGUAACACGUGCUUUUUUUGCUCAGAUUCUUAUUGUUAUUUUUAGAGGCUAGGUUGGUUCUCAAUAAAAGUAUUAUUUAUUGUACAGUUUAUAAGUUGCGUUACUUAGUUGUUUUUCUGUUAUUGUUUUUUGAAGAAGAAAUUGUUGUUUAUUGUGCAAAUGGGUGACAGAUCCCAAAGAGGAAACGUGAACCCUUUAAUACAACAACAUAUUUAUCCAGUGGCGGCAUUGAUGGUUUCAUGAAUGUCGUGGCUUUCUUGUAUGGGGUUAAGCAACUUUAAAGGAUUGAUUGCAAAAAUGAAAAUGAUAAAAUUUUUAUCAAACGUUUCUGCCCUGAUGGGAGAGUUCUCUUUGAAUAACUUGUUCUAAAAAAAAUCAAAUUACUUUUAUUAUUGAAAUGCUUUCAAUCCAGAUGGGCCCUUAAAUGGGAUUUUGACUCAGCACCACUUUAAUCUUUUUGAGAAGAAGAAAAAUCAUACUUUAACCAUCUAUAACAGUCCCUGUGAUUCACUGAAGAAAGGCCAAGAGGCACUCAAGAUGAACUCGUGACCCCGCGUAUUAAGUUUUGCACUCCUGUUUCCAUUAGUCACUCAAAUGUUAAAUGACAUCAGCUUUUGAAUCUCUAAUUCAUCCUUUGCUAUUUUUGCUGCGGACCCAUUGCUUUGUUGCUUGUGAUAGAUUUAAACUUGCCUUGCAAAACCAUUCAAAGCCAAUGGUAUGCAUUCCGUUUUAUUCAACUCACAAACUUAAAUCUGUUUUUGUCAGGGUUGUGGUGUGAUAGUCCAGCACAAAGGAAAGCUUAAAUGUGCAACGAUAAGAACAUCUGAACAGUGUGGUGAGCAUUUAUAGUCCGCAUGUCGUGAGUUCACACUUUGUAAAAAGCUGCAAGUCUUUCUAAAGUCCAUCUUCCCAUCCAGUGCGACCAACAUCUCUGUCCCUGCUGAAGUAAAGCUCCCCACAGCCUGAUGCUGGAGCGACCACUUUCACUGUGGGGGUGGGUGUGCCCAGGGUGCUGUGCAGUGUUGUUUUCUAUUCAUACCUAUUUGCAUGCAGCCCAAAAAGUGUAACUUUCUUCUUUUCCAACCACCUUUUUCAUUGUUUGCCGUUUUAAAAUGAUUUUCUCCUUCCCACUUUUUCAUAAAGAGAUUUGAGCGAGGUACAGCUAGCAUUUUUCCCGACAACACAGUGGAUCCAACUCUGUUGGGCUUCUGACAUCAUCUGGUUGCACGGCCUCUUGUUUUGGGGUAACAGAGUAAUACAUACGCUGGACGUUUUAGAGAAAACAUUAAGGUCAGACUGAAGCCUGCCAGAAAACAAAAAUCUAGACAAAGCCCUUGAUAUCA